AGAAUGUAGCAUUUAUGGAGGAGCAACAGGAGCUGGCAGAGGAGGCAGGGAUGGGACAUUCGGAGAGGUUGUAAAGAGCCACAAGUGCAUGUUGGGGUUCAGUUCCCUGAUGUGCUGAGCUUUGUGCAAAUCGCUUUCUAAAACUCCCAUGACAUUGUGAGGGACAUGCUGUCAUUGCCCCCAUUUUAGAGCUGGGGAAACUGAGGUUCAGAGAGGGAUAUCACUUGCUCAAGGUCACCCAACCCAGAUCUGCCUGUGACUGAGGCGAAUGAGAACUGUGACCCCAUAGGGAAGGGACAGGCAGAGAAGAGAAGCUCACAGGGGACCCAGAUGGAAAGCGUCAGCCCGGGUGGAACAUUCUGGCUCUUGAGAAAUAAAGUCCAAGUGUUGGAGGUCGGGGAGCCGUGGGCCAGGACUGGAAGGAGCUGCCACCUUGGCAGGUAAACACGUGCCCCCCUUGGGGGUGGAGGAAGCUGCCGUCUUCAAGAAGGAAACGGUACAAUAACAAGUCACAUGACCAGAGGAGGGGGUUUCCUGUUUCCCGGCCCCUCCCAGGCCAGCCUCGGCCAGCCCAAGCCUGAGCGGGCAGUGGCCGGAGUGACCCCAGGAGUGUCCAGGGACUCGGGCCUCUGCCCAAGGAGAGAAUUCCAUGCCCCAUUUCACGGAAGACGAGAUUGAAGCCCAGGACAGCAAAGGCCAGAGGCGAGAGCAGGCUGUGAUUUUAGGGGUGAGAACGGAGCACUCAGAGGGCACCGGCUUCUGGACAGCAAUGAGUGCCCGGGCCACACGGCCCCGAAGCCGGCGAGGGAGGCAUGCUGCGCCAGGCGAACUGGAUCCGGUGGCCGAGAGUUCAGAGGAGGCCGAGGCAGCCAGUGGGACCUCCAAGCCCAGCCCCGUGCUGCCUCCCGACAGCUUCGGACCAGCGUCGUCGGGGCCCACGGCAGGAGUCAGUGGCCAGGGCCCAGGGAGCAGGACUGGCAAGGAGACCGGCGGGCACUCCGGCAGAGGACCGGCCUCGGCCCCUGGGGGCCCCCGUGAGCCUGCAGCGGCAGCCCACCAGGCCCCAGAGGCAGCCCUGCCGGACGGAGAGACUGUCCCCUCGGGGACUGGGCCCCCCGAUGUGUUUCAGACCCUCCAACAUGCCCUGAGCUCCCUGGAGGCGGCGGCUGCUGCCUGGCGCCACCGCCCCCCAAGCUGUCCUGGGCGGACGGAGGCGGAGGGGAGAGGCCAGGGGGGCCCGGGGCCCCUGGGGAAGCAGGAGGGGGCAGGGGGCCGCCCGCAGGAGGCAGCGUGCCUGGCAGAGAGGAACGCCUGGCUCCGGCUGGCCCUGGGCAGCCGGGAGAACGAGCUGGUCCGCACGCAGGCCUCCCUGCAGAGCAUCCGGGCCCAGAAGGAGGAGCUGCAGAGGGAGGUUCAGGAGCUGCAGGAUUCCCUGCUGAGGCUGGAGCCCUUCCCACCUCCCUCCCACAGCCAAGCGGGUGGCUCGGGCAGUGGUUCCAGCAGCUCUGGGGCAGAUGGGGAGCCCUGGGGGACUCAGGACCCCUUCUCCCUGGCUCACCCCCUGCUCCGGCGCCUCUGGAGCAAUUCUAGCGCCCAGAUUCUUCUCCCCACCCAGCCCCUCACCCCCGAGAUGCACAUCAUGGAAACCCAGAUGGAGCAGCUCCAGGGGAGCAUCGAGAAGCUCAAAUGCUUUAACCGUCUGCUGUCAGCUGUGCUCCAGGGGUACAAGGGCCGCUGUGAGGGCCUCAGCAUGCAGCUCAGCCAGCGGGAGGCCGAGGCCACAGCACUCCGUCUGGCCUUGCAGUACAGUGAGCACUGUGAGGAGGCGCUCGGGGCCCUGCUUGCUCUGCGGGAGGCCGACUCAGGAGCAGGGGACCCGCAGGCAGCUGAAAAGGAGGCACUGAGGCUGCUGGCACAAGAAGAGGCUGCCAUGGAUGGAGGGACACUGCAGGGUCCACAGCCGAGCCCGGAGGGCAGCAGCGUGGAUAAGCCCACACUGCAGGAGGUGGCCGUCCAGCUCCGAGGCUACAUCCGGCGUCUCCAGGAGCGCCGUGCUGUGGUGAAGAUCCCCCCCGAGCCCGGACCCCCCUGGCACACGCCCACCUGCCCGGCAGACCCAUCGUGCAGGCGCGAUGCUGGGGCCCAGCCUGGCCCGGCCUUGCCCCGGCUGGAAAAGACGCAGAUCCAGCAGGACCUGGUGGACACAAGGGAGGCGCUGGCGGACCUGGUGCUGCGGCUGCAGCUGGCGCGGCGCGAGAAGCGGGGCCUGGAGCUGCGGGAGGCGGCGCUGCGCGCGCAGGGCCCCGCGCACGCGCUCCUGCUGGCGCAGCUGCGGUGGGAGCGCGCGCAGCUCGCGGCCGGCGGCGACAGCAGCGGAGGCGGCAGCAGCGGGGAAGAGGAGGAGUGGGCCCCGAACCCGCUUGUUGUCCCUGGUGGCACAGGUGGUAUGGAUGGAGGCCAGGCGGGCAGAGUGUGGGAUCCAGAGAAAUUAGCGCAGGAACUGGCAGCCUCGCUCACCAGGGCCGGGGACCUGCGAGAGCAGCUCCGGUCUCUGCGGGAGAAGCUGGAACAGGUGGCUCAGAAGGGGCGAGCCAGGCGGGCUCAGAGUGCUGAGCUGAACGGCGAUCUAUGCAAAGCUCACAGCGCCCUGGUCCUGGCCUUCCGAGGAGCCCACCGGAAGCAGGAGGAGCAACGCCGGAAGUUGGAGCAGCAGAUGGUACUCAUGGAGAGCCGGCACGCCAAGGAGCUGGCAGUGCUAGAAGCCACCGCAGGGGCGCUGGGGAAGCCCAGGCCACCCCGCCCGGCUCCCCGACUGGGGGAGACCUUUCUGUAGGCCCUGCACCCAGCCGUGUCUGGACGUGCCAGACAGCGGUGGCAGGCCAUGUCAUAAACUGCCCUGGAGUGGCA